UGAGCACAAAUUUCUUGUUCAAUCUCAAGUCAUGAGGCUUUUGUGCCUGCUCAUAUUGAUCCCGGUUGUCCUCGGCGAUUGCGCAUGCGAGACCGAUAGUGAGGACCGCAACAAGGGCCAGGCCCUCAAGUACAAGCUAGCUGCAAUAGCCUCGAUCCUCGUGGCAGGCGCGAUCGGGGUGUGCCUCCCGAUCCUCGGGAAGACGGUCCCGGCUUUGCACCCCGAGAGAAAUAUUUUUUUCAUCAUCAAGGCCUUUGCGGCCGGGGUGAUACUGUCCACCGGAUUCAUACACGUCCUUCCGGAUGCCUUCGAGAGCUUGACCUCACCAUGCCUGGGCAAGACCCCGUGGGGGGAAUUCCCAUUCGCAGGGUUCGUGGCGAUGAUCGCCGCCCUCGGGACAUUGAUAGUGGACUCUCUCGCGACUUCUUAUUACAAGAAGUCUCACAUCGACAAGGCCAUGUUGGACAACUAUGUCGAAGAUGAAGAGAAGGCCAGAGAAAACCAUGGUCACGUACACGUGCACGCACAUGCCUCUAAUGGCCAUUCUCACGGGCCGAAGUUGACAGACUCAGACGUGAACUCCUCAGAUCUCCUGCGGCAUAGAGUAGUGUCUCAGGUGCUAGAGUUGGGGAUUGUGGUGCGCUCGGUGAUAAUAGGGAUCUCGUUGGGAGCUUCGGAGAGUCCUAAGACAAUUAGGCCUCUUGUUGCUGCCUUGACCUUUCACCAAUUCUUUGAAGGCAUGGGCCUCGGUGGAUGCAUCACUCUGGCAAAGUUUGAGACUCGGGCAAGCGCAAUCAUGGCAAUGUUUUUCUCCCUCACAACCCCAGUUGGGGUUGCUAUAGGAUUGGGACUCACCAGUGUGUAUGACGAGAACAGCCCAAAGGCGCUCGUUGUGGAGGGCAUCUUCAAUGCUGCAUCUGCAGGGAUAUUAAUUUACAUGGCCCUGGUCGAUUUUCUUGCUGCUGACUUCAUGAGCCCUAAGUUGCAGAACAACGGGAGGCUCCUGUUUGGAACCUAUGUAGCUCUCCUUCUCGGUGCUGGUUGUAUGUCUCUUUUGGCCAGAUGGGCUUGA